CCCGGGCAGGGAUAAAUGCUGACUCCGCUCCCGAGUUCCCAGCUGCAAAGUUGGCUCCGUCGGUGCCACUCGGAGGACGCUUGGGGACCCGUCCUGCGCUGGGACUUUGUCUUCCCGCGUCCCAGCCCCUGUUUUGCGCUCCGCCGGGCGAGGGCCCGUGGCUGCAGGGCUGCCGGAUCUGCCCCCAGCGCGAAAAGCCAGCUGCUGGGCCCGAAGAGAACAGCCGCUGCGAGGAUGUGGAAGGUGCCGCUGCUGCUGCUGGCGGUGGGCAGAGCUCUGCUCUGGGUCCCGGCUGAAGGAGUCGUCACAGUCCCGCCAGAAGAUGACGUCACGACCCCAAGUGUGGAAGAUGGCAUGGUGACGCCAGGUGCCAGUGAAGAGCCCUAUGACUCUGCUGGCUUGACAGCCCAGGCGCCCACGAGUGCGAAGGGCACCGGCGUUCAUCUGGAAGACCUGCCGACUUCGGAAAGCACGGCGCACGCCCAGGGAGCGGGAGGGAGCACCACGACCUUGCGGGCGGCCACCGGUCACCCCGUGGAAGGCACACAGACCACAGUGGAGAAAGGUGGCUUCGGGACAGGGACCCUGAUCGUAAUCAUAGUUGUGGUCUUACUAGCCAUUGUAUUCAUUGGUGGGAUCAUCACUGUGGUCGUGCGGAAAAUGUCCGGAAGGUACUUGCCCUAAAGAGCUAGAGCGUUGCGCCCUUCUGCCAACAUAUUUAAAAAAGAGUUCCCGACCUCCCCUGUCCCUGAGCACUGGGAGAAGAUGACCCAUGGAAAUGCCUGGCCGCCCCACUCAGAAUCCAUGGCGAUCCCUCCGCCUGCCCGAAGCCACCGGAGGGGCUUCCACGUGUGAGACUCGCUCCUCUCGGCGUUUUUUGUCUUUUGAGAAACUUUUUUAAAAAAUAAAAGUUUUGGAGAAGAUGAUUUAAAACACAAAAAUGCGUAGGCCACGGAGCAGAGCUGUGUAAAUUGAUUUUGUAACUAAGAUAGGCGGUGUGGUCCCGGCGACGUUAGGAACCGUAAUCAUGUUUUUGUUCUGACCGUCCUGUUAUGGUUAAAUGCAAAGGAAUCUGGAAAUAUUUACGCCCGCGGAGUCCUUGGGUCUGGGGCGCUGUCAGUAAAGGGCCUCCGCGUUUUGCAAUUUCUGACCUGCUGAAACGUACGCAUUCCGGCCCCGUUUGGCCAAUUUUUAAAGCUCGGCCUGGUGGGAAUGACCAAGUGGGAAACUCAACUUGGGUGAUGUCGUGACUCUCACAGCGAGGCCGUGGAGCGCACAGCCGCCAGGCUUGUUUCACGGUCGUGACCGGAUGACUGAGGUUGGCUCCUGCGUGACCCUCCACUUCCCUCUGACGCCGGGGAGCCCGAGCUCGGGGGUGGCCUCGGCUCAUCCUCAUGACGCGGGUCCUUCGGGUGGGCUGCUCUGUGGUAGAGUAUGGAGACCUCGGCCCUGAUGACGGCCGGGGGCGGCCGGAGGCCCUGCGGGCUCCAGACACCAAGCGCCCCACUGGUCUCCAAGCAGGAAGAAGCCCUCCGUGUCCCUCUGGCGCGGGAGCCACAACCCACCCGCCGGCUUUCUAACGUUUCCCGUCCGCCUCAGAGGAAAGACACGGGAAAGAGAAAAUAAUCUCGGGCAAGAGUAAUGGUUAGAGAGCGGUUUGAUUUAAAAACAAGAUGCUGCCGGUCUUCAUGAGAUCCCACAUCUUUCUGUGGGGUCGUCAUUGGAAAGAUCCAAAUGAAGGCGCCCGGGCUGCCAGUCCGCGUUGGCACCGCCCGGCUCAGUCCGCGUUGGCACCGCCCGGCUCAGUCCGUUUCUCCCCAGACGUCAGCUGAACGCAUUUUCCUAAACAAAUGGCCUUCACCCAUUUGACUGGUCCUGCGGGUCUGAGACCCUGUAAACCUGCACGAGCUCGUCAAACGGGGAGACGGGAGCGAUCGGAAAGCACAGCCGCUCCUCCCUUUGUUUGUUUUGCAGCGACACGUGGACGUCGUUUUGAACAGUGCGCCCUGCUGCUGCCGCAGGGCCGCUGCCCCGCCAGCCCGGUUCCCACGUGGGCAUCGCCUGCCGGCGGGGGCAGCAGAGCCCUGAGCUCCGCGCCCUGGGGGGGGGUCGCCGGGUCCCGACGGGAGCCGGGCAUCCUGCUCAUCCCAGCCCCUCUGCCGCCUCCUCUCCCUGCGGGAGUCACGGUGCACCCGGCCGCGCCCUGGACCCCCCGCCUGCUGGGCCCGGGCUGUGGGUUCCUCAGUCGCAUCCGUGUUGAUGCUCGAUGCAGUGUGGACGUGUCUGAAAAUAAAACAGAUGAUUGCGCGUAA